AUGAUCAGGCUACUCUUCCAGAUCAUCAACAUUGCGAGCGACAUAGUAUUCUUCAGGACGAAGGUAAACCUAUCGCCAACGAAUCUCGAAAAUGAGCCACUUGAGCAAAACCCUGGGCCACCUCUUGACGCAUCAUUGACCAGCAAAGCGAAAAGACUUCUUAUGAAGGCUGACAUAAGUCGAGCUCUCAUCCCGCUCCUCUUUACUACACUGAGUGUGGUGAUAGUAUCCGUGCUUUUCUCUGGCGCAAGCGACACAUAUCGCGCCACAGAGAAUGCAUGUAGCACGAAGCCGGAUGCCGACAUCAGUGGCGUCGGCGUACGCGCCUCUAUCUGGGGACAAAUUGCAAUGCUGAUCUUGAUCAGUAGCUCGGGCCACCUGCAUAAGAAAGAGACAGCAAUCAAAGAAGUUGCAGGCGGCCUGAUCCUCACACAUGUUUCCCUCGCCAUCGCCAUUAUUGUACAGAUGUACAAAAAGACAUUGACAUCCGUCGAUGCGGCGAUCGGCGCAGUCAUCUUGGACGCCCAAAAUAUCGCUCUACUCAUCCCUGUCACUGCCAAACAGACCCUCGCAGCUCGAUGGCAGGUGCUCAUACUCAUACCAGCCCAGAUCCUCGGUCUAGUAUUCCUGCCAGUGCUGGUAGUCAAGUUCACCAAGGGAGGCUUCGCAUCGAAAGACUGCAAGUGUCUUACUAUCUUCUGGUGGUCCAGGUUAAGCGACUGUAACGCCUUCUCCGGUAACGAGCUUUCUCUCUUCUGGAUCUAUUACACGCUUCGCUGGAUGAUGUGGAUCCACUCGUCCUUCCAUUCUUUGUACAACGCCGAGUGGUUCCACAGAUCUGAGAAAGAAGGGCGCAUUCCAAUCUUGAACCGCGAUGGUACAAAGCCAAAGACGUAUUGGGAAAAGGCUAUAGCUCUAGCGCGUGAACUGCGGGAUUCAAAUCGACAAGUAACAAAGGCUACUCUACAGGCUGGCCUGCUGUAUAGACAAUACUCUGCGACGAUAUCAGUAUCGUAUACGGCAUACGCUCUAUACUCGCUCACGUCUAUGGUAGUUGCCGAAGUUACCAUUGGAGAGUACAACCUCCAACCAAGCUCCAACGCCAACUCGAUCGGUCAGAUAAUUGCCGUCGUGGUCUCGCUCGCUACUCUCCUUCGAGUCGUUUGGAGCUUCCAGAGCCUCUAUAAUGACGCCGAGAAUAGUUCAUUCCCGGACUUCAUCUUCUCAUUGCUUUCGCGGUCCCCGUCGAGUUGCUGCUUUGGCUCAAAUGUAGAAGAGGCGAGCGAAGAUCCAGCUCUGAUCUUGUCGAGACCAGAUGAAGAACAGCCUGGGAGGAUAUCAGAUACCGAUAGUGGACAUGGUGGCUCAGGAGGAUCGCUACCUCCGCAAACCCCCGCACGAUCUUCACAAUCAUCCCAUGGAGCGGUUGGCCUAGCUGAUCAACAUCUUGGGCCCAAUCCCGGAUCACCUCACCCAAGUAACAGCAGAAAUUCCUCCGAUAGCGCCAACUUGCCAAAGACGCAGCCACAUCUGCCUUUGGGACAGAACGGUCGAGCACAGCGACUUCCACCGAAUCGUGCAGUGCCACAGCCAAAACGAACCGCCUCUUACAGGCCAGCAUACCGAUUCGAGUUCCACCAGCCAUUCCAUCUAGAUGCUGUCAAGCUGCUCUUCCUGCCUACAGUUACCCAAUAUCUGGAGGCUCGAAAAGAGUCAAAGGCUACAGUUCCGAUCAGCGAGACUAUGAUUCCGCCGCUAAUAACGCCUCCGACACUUGAUCAGCCAAGUGCCUGCAUACCACCUGAACAGCUACAACAGGACACCGGUAAGAAGGAAGCUUCUCCGCCGCGUCUGGUCGUAGAAGCUUCGACUUCCGCCGAUGACGAAUACCCCGUUAUGACUAGCGCCAAGCCCCCAGAUUCGUUGCACGGCAACAGAAUGUCAGAGACGGGCGGCUUCGAUUCGACUGAUCAGCCACAAAAAGGCCAGGUACUCGCAGAAUUACACCCACAAUCUGCUAUACGACGUGAUAUGACCCCAGCACCGAUCUCAACCCUCCCUGGACCACAGAAAUACGAGCCAACCGCUGCUCAAAAGUCCGAAGAGCAACAACCUGCAUCCCUGGGAUUCCCAAUACAGAUGCCAGAGGAAGGACGCAAAGGUACACAGUCCGGUGUGCCGCAAGGUGACGUCUCUAAACACACAGUGAAGAAUAUUCCGGCGCCAGAGUGGCUCUUAGGCCUGGAGUCAAAGAUAGGGCACCCUGGUAUCGCAGACCCGUCAGAAAGUGGCGAAGGAUCACAAAGCUCGGACUCUGAGUCUGAGAAGAGUCGUACAUCAAUCAGAAGUGUUGAUCACAUCGACACAGGGCCUGACAUGGACGACCCACGGACGACAGACCAGUCUGCAGAUUCCAUAUACCACAAGAGAUUUCAGCUUGAGGCUCCAAAAUCUUCGCUCAACAAGGUGGACGAAACUCUGCCAGAAAGGCCGAUACCGAGCCGGGCGUCUCAUCAAUGGAAUCGCGUUCUGAUGGAUUUAGGCAUCAUCCACCGCAGACAAUUACCACACGGCUUGCUCGAGCGCUGGGUUGCUCGAAAGUGGCGCCGCGUAACACAGGAAGCGAAAAGAAGAAAGAAGAUUCCUUAUGAGCCUGACGUGCGAUCCGGAUGUCCCGGCAUUUCGAGGUUAUGCAAAAAGGGACCAACUAUCUGGGAAGAUUAUCCCCCAUUUAGGACACACUUCGAGACCCAUUUAAAAGACCCCUUUUACAAAAGCCGUAACAAUCUGGCGUGCAUAUCAUGUUUAAGGUUUUAUACAUUCGCAUUUGCCGAUCCGGGUUUUUGGGAUGUUGAGUCUGAUACAUCCACAUAUGCCAAGCUGGUUUUUAUGGAUGUUGAAGAUCUCGUAUGGCACAUCUGGGACAAACACAUGCACAAGGUGGAACGCGACCCAUCAUCGCCACCGCUAGCGAAAGCAGAGCAGGGCAAAGGGAAAUCAGCGGAGGCUUCAAAGCUCGAAGCUAAACAACCCAUUGAUGCUGAAAUGGGUGGAACGGGUGGAUUGGAAACCACUAUCGACCGCAAUGUCUUCUAG